AUGCCCUCCCAGGCGGCUCCGCAGGAGGAGGAGGCAGAGAUCCCGCUCAAGAAGGAGAAAACACAUUUCACCGUCCGGCUGACAGAGAUGAAAGCCGAGGACAAGGUGAAGCUGAUCAAGGAGGUGAAGAACUGCGUGCAGGGAGUGAACCUCGUGCAGGCGAAGAAGCUGGUGGAGUCCCUGCCCCAGGAGAUCAAGGCAAACGUCUCCAAGCAGGAAGCCGAGAAGAUCAAAGCGGCGCUGGAGGCAGCGGGAGGGACUGUGGUUCUGGAGUAGGCAGCCUCCCCGCCCCACCAUCUCCCCACGGAAAAACCCGGCAGGGGACGCGGCGGGGUGGGGAGAGAACGGAUUUCCAAGUGCAAAAACAUCCCUUAAAAUCGUGCAGCGGCGAAGCGAAAACUCCGCGGGGUUGCACGGGGGCUGCCGCCCGCUUCCGCCGUCGCCACGAACUCUUCAUAAAUACCCGCCCCCCCCCGGGGAGGGGUGGGG